AUGGGACGAUUCCCAAAGUUUUCCUCGUGUUUUUGUUACGAUUUGGAAGCUGGCUCCGAGCUUUUGGGCAUAUUCGAAAUAGUCAUCGGUGCCAUUGUAUUCAUUCUGUGCCUCGUAUUUUACUCCGUUUACAUUGAAGCCUUGAGUGACAUUCCAAAUAUAGUAUGGCUAGUUUUGGCUAUUGUCAGUCUUAUACGUAUCUUUAUUUAUGCAUACUGGAUGCAUGGAAUUCACAAAAAAAGGCCAGCAUUUUUAUUGCCAGCAACCGUUUUCGCUGUAAUAAAUCUUCUUUUUAUUAAUCCAUUCACCGUGACAAUUGUGAAGUUUCUGUUCGUGGAUGAUUUGGUACUUAUACAUCCAAGUAUGAUUUUCAACAUGCCACACUCGCUUAAUUUCAUGUUUUCCAUCGUACAUCUAUGCACUAUCGUGCUUAACAUGUAUCUCUUUGUGGUGCAGUGCUCACUAUACAAACAGAUGAAGAAAGAGGCUCGUGAACGAAAAAAAGCUGCAAAAAUGAUUCGAAGCACAUUUUAAACGAUUCAUAAAUUCAAUUUAAUUGAUUGUAGAACUGCACCAGCAAUCGACGGGCUUGAAAAAAAAAACGUCCAUUUACAAUAUAUGAGAA